UCUAUGGUUGGAGGACCUUCCUGGGCUAGAAGAGGAAAAACGCUCCUCCGUUGUUCUGUCCAUCCUCUCUACGUCGGGAGGACGCAACAUCUCGCUGAUCCUCGCUCUGCGUCCAAUGACGCUUUUUCCCGACCGAGCAGGGACGGUUCCAGGGCCUGUCGUUCUCACGCGAACAUCUCUAUGGUUGGAUUCCCACAGGAAACAGGAAGUGCCGCGGGCCCCUCGCGAGGACCUUCAAUGAUGCGAAUCGGCUAAGGCGUUGUGGCCUGGCUGGUGGCUUCGAGAGGAUCGCUAGGGAGGGGACGGAGUGCGGUCGUCUCUACCGAAGCCACUGCAGUAGUAGUAGUAGCAGCAGCAGCAGCAGCCUCCAUGGCUACCAUUCUGGACGAGUACGUGGCCUCGCUUUCCAACUCCACUACCUCGCAGCAGAGUCGUGUGAACUUGGGCAUCCCGCACACGGGAUAUGUAAAUGCUCGCCUGGAAAAAGAAACACCAAUUUUUAACAAACAGAGAAUUGACUUCACACCUCCCAAGAAGAUUAAUAGUAUGAUUGUCUCAUCUAACCAACUGUGUAUGAGUCUUGGAAAAGACAUAGUAUUUAGACUUGACGUAGCCAAGGCUGAUGAGCCUAAUCAGGUUGAACUUGGACGAAAAGAUGAAGCCAGUGUUUAUAAGCUUUUCUUGGACCACACAGGUUCUCAUCUUAUCAUCGCCCUGAAUAGCAGCGAGUGUCUCUACUUGAAUAGAAGUACUCAAAAGAUACGGCUUCUUUCCCGUUGGAAAGGUCACUUGAUUGAAAGUGUGGGUUGGAAUAAAAUUUUUGGUACAGAGAUAAACACAGGCCCCAUUUUGGUUGGAACCUCACAAGGCCAAAUAUACGAGGCAGAGAUUUCUGUCUCUGAAGGCAGUCUCUUUAGUACUAAUCCUGAUCAAUAUUUCCGUCUGAUUUAUACCUUGGAGGAGGAAGCUGGUCCUGCCCCAGUCUGUUGCCUUGAAAUAGAACGAGGAGUUGACGGGAAAAGGUUUAUCAUUGCCACCACUCAUAAGCGGCUUUUCCAGUUUGUUGGCAAGAUUCCGGAAGGGUCAGAGCCGCAAGCCUUUGGCACCAUAUUUAACAUGCCUGAAGAUCAUUUGCCUGGAUUUCGAGAGUUUCCGGCUAGUCUUGGCUACAGUGAAAUUGCAUUCUACACUCCCAAGCUUCGUUCUUCGCCCAGCGCUUUUGCUUGGAUGAUGGGAAAUGGGGUCUUGUAUGGCUCUCUGGAUUAUGGAUAUCCUGAUUCUGUUCUGAGUGAUGAGCAAGUGUGGGAAUAUCCUUCUGAUGUAGCUACACUAGCCAAUAAGCCCAUCUCCAUAGUGCUCACACAGUUUCAUUUUCUGCUGCUUUUUCCUGAUAGAGUGAAGGCUGUAUGUACUUUGAAUGGGCAAGUUGUCUUCCAGGACGUAUUCUUAGAAAAGUUUGGCUCACUAAAGCGUAUGAUCAAAGAUCCUGCAUUUGGACAAAUCUGGAUUCACACUGAGAAAGUUGUGUUUCGAUAUAACGUUCAGCGAGAAUCUCGUGAUGUAUGGAAGAUGUACAUGAAUAUCAACAAGUUUGAUUUGGCUAAAGAGUACUGUAAGGACCGCCCCGAGUGCCUAGAUAUUGUGCUGGCAAAAGAAGCAGAAUACUGUUUCCAAAACAAGAGAUAUCUGGAUAGUGCAAAGUGUUAUGCGCUGACCCAAAAUUACUUUGAGGAGAUUGCUCUUAAAUUUAUUGAAGCUAAACAGGAAGAGGCACUGAUGGAAUUUUUGAUAAAGAAACUGGCUAGCUUGAAGCAGUCUGAAACAACACAAAUAACUCUGCUAACCACUUGGUUGACUGAACUAUAUUUAAAUCGCUUGGGGAUGCUGGAAGGGGACGGCUCAAAACAAGACCUCUAUGAGAAGACCAAGGAGAAGUUUCGGAAUUUCUUGAGUAGCCCCAAAAUCAAAGACUCGUUCCGCAACAAUCGAUCAACUAUUCAUGAGCUGUUGGCAAGUCAUGGGGACACAGACCACAUGGUAUACUUUGCUGUCAUAAUGAAUGAUUACGAGAGAGUGAUAGCCCAUUACUGUCAGCAUGAAAAUUAUAAUGAAGCAUUAAACGUCCUAUCCAGAAUCAAGAACGAGGAACUUUUUUACAAGUUUUCUCCAAUUUUGAUCCAGCAUAUGCCCAAGCAAGUGGUAGAUGCUUGGAUUGAAAUGGGCAAGGAAUUGGAUGCAAAGAGGCUAAUUCCUGCUCUUGUCACCUACAGUCAGAGUGGGAGUACCCAGCAGAUCAACGAAGCCAUUCGAUACAUGGAAUUCUGUGUGAAUGAGCUAGAAGAAACUCAGGAGGCCAUUCACAAUUAUUUGUUGUCACUCUAUGCUUUGUGUCGACCUGACUCAUUACUGUCAUACUUGGUACAUGCUGGAACCUUCGCUGAUAGUAUCCAUUAUGACCUGAAGUACGCACUUAGGCUUUGCGCAGAACAUGGCCACCACCGAGCUUGUGUUCAUGUUUAUAAAGUUAUGGAGAUGUAUGAAGAAGCUGUUGAUCUAGCUUUACAGGUGGAUGUAGAUAUGGCAAAAUCCUGUGCAGAUCUGCCUGAAGAGGAUGAGGAGUUGAGAAAGAAGCUGUGGCUGAAGAUUGCUCGUCAUGUAGUACAAGAAGAGAAGGAUGUUAAGAAAGCAAUGGCUUGCCUUUCUAGUUGCAAUCUGCUGAAGAUUGAAGAUGUGUUGCCUUUCUUCCCAGACUUUGUCACCAUUGAUCACUUCAAGGAAGCUAUCUGCAACUCUCUAGAGGCCUAUAACAAGCACAUAGAGGAGCUGAAGACAGAGAUGGAGGAAGCAACCCAAAGUGCUGAAAGGAUCAGGGAGGACAUUCAGGAUAUGAGAAACAAAUAUGGCUCUGUGGAACCACAGGAAAAAUGUGCAGCGUGUGAUUUUCCACUUCUAAACCGUCCUUUUUACCUUUUUCUCUGUGGCCACAUGUUUCACUAUGACUGCCUUCUGCAGGCAGUUUACCCAAACCUGCCUGCCUAUAAGCAAGCUAAACUGGAAGACCUUCAAAAGAAGCUGCUGGCUGCAAGCCAGCCUUCCAAAUCCCAUCACCGCCAUAAGGAUACAGAUACUCUUGGUCAAGGAAAAGGUCAGCCAAGUCGAGAACAGACAAAAGCUGACAUAGAUGAUAUUGUGGCAGCUGAGUGUGUAUAUUGCGGUGACAUAAUGAUCCGAUCCAUUGAUAAACCGUUCAUUGAUCCAGAGAGAUAUCAAGAAGAGAUGCAGAGCUGGUUGUAGGAUAUGAGAACGAAGUUGCCUACAAAGCACGAAACUUGGCAGAUAUUCUCCUGGUGUUCUAAAUAGGUUUGAAAAAGCACUAUAUCCUGCUAUUUGUAAACUGAUAGUGAAGAAUAGAUUGUCAGUGACAAUGAUUGUUUUACUAAACUAUUUGUCUAAUAUAAAUUGAGAGGCAUUCGUACCUUAAAUACUGUACGGAUUUUUGUGUUGAGAAACUAAACUAAAAUAAUAACAUGUAUUAUAUCUGCACUAUACCCAUACUUCUAUGAAUAAUUAGACAAGUGAGGAUGCCCAGCUGCAUAAGCUUACCCUGUUUUCAUGCAAAGAGCUCCCUUUGUUCUUAUUAAUAGAUACACAAGGUUGCAUCCAAAAGUAUUCAUUUGUCAAGGGAAUAGAUGGUAAAUAGGAGAAUUGGCGAAUAAUGGCAAAAGAGGAAGACAGUGCUUCAGUGUGCAAAAGGAAGUCUACUCAUGACAUUAGAUGAAAUUCAUAAAUGAUUGAAAUUAUGCAUAAGAUCCCAUUUCUGAACACAUCCCAAUUGUAUAUUGAUAUGGCAAGGAAGCUUCCCAAAAUGUAAUUUUCAGGCACAACACGCAUAUAUAAAUGCUAUAUUUUUAUUAUUGUCCAUAGAAAUUAUCUUGUACUUUUUGUGGAUUUCCUUGAAGGCUUAGUUGGAUAGCUGCAAACUAUUGUUAAAGUCAUGUGAUCAUAACUUUUACGGCAUUAUGAUUGAAAGCAUUCCAUGUUUUCACUUGAGAUUUUCUAUUGCAUUGUCAGUAUUGUCAUUGUUACUGCCAUCUGCACGUUUAUAUGAAUUUGUGGCAUUUAGACAAAAAUAUUUAGGAUCCUGCAAGCUAUAAACUUUGCAAGUAAUUCAGAUAAUUUAUGAUUAAACCAAAACAUGUGGCUGGAAGAAUGGUUUGACUAUAGGUUUGGACCUAAAAGUUGAUUCCUCUUGCUUUUAAGGAAGGUAAUUGUGUUUUAUGUACAGUGUACAAAAGAGAUUUAGAUAACAGAAUGCAAGCUAAAGAGUAGUAAGAUAGACUUUGUAUUUAAAACUACAUUUUCUGUGGCCACUGAUUUCAAAUUGCUGUGAAUAGCAGGUUACAUUAUAUUUAUAUCAAAAGAUUUGUCUGUUAAAACAUCUUUAAUGCCUAUGAAUUUGUAAUUAAUUAUGCUUUUUGUGCUUAGUUGCCUAUUAAAGAGUCCUGAAAUUGUUGUCAAAUAA